AUGAACCAAAUGCAGUUCAGAGGCAGCGAUGGUUGGCGUCUGUAUGAUUACAUCACACGGCACUUCAUCGCAACGGUCAGCCCCGACUGCAAAUACCUGCAGACCACAAUUUCCUUCAGCAUCGGCACAGAGAGCUUCACAUGCAGCGGGAAGACGCUCAUCUCUGCUGGCUACACUGAGGUGAUGCCCUGGCAGGGUAUUGCACAGGAAGAGGCCUUGCCGGUGUGUGAGAGAGGAGACACAUUUACAGUGGAUGAGAUCAAACUACUGGAGAAACAGACCAAUCCACCAGACUACCUGACUGAGGCCGAGCUCAUCACACUCAUGGAGAAACACGGCAUCGGUACGGAUGCCAGCAUCCCUGUCCACAUUAACAACAUCUGCCAGAGGAACUAUGUGACGGUUGAAAGUGGCCGCAAACUCAAACCCACCAACCUGGGGAUUGUUCUGGUUCAUGGUUACUAUAAGAUUGAUGCAGAUUUGGUGCUGCCCACAAUCCGCAGUGCUGUGGAAAAACUGCUAAAUCUGAUAGCUUUAGGAAAGGCAAACUUCCACCAGGUCUUACAGCACACUCUGGACAUCUUCAAGAGGAAGUUUCACUACUUUGUGGACUCUAUUGCAGGAAUGGAUGAGCUGAUGGAAGUGUCCUUUUCUCCCAUCGCCGCUACUGGGAAACCUCUCUCGCGCUGUGGCAAAUGCCAUCGCUUCAUGAAGUACAUCCAGGCCAAACCCAGUCGCCUGCACUGCUCUCACUGUGACGAGACCUACAGUUUGCCUCAGAAUGGAGCCAUUAAGCUGUACAAGGAGCUCAAGUGUCCUCUGGAUGAGUUUGAGCUGGUGCUGUGGACCUCGGGGUCCCGUGGCAAAAGCUACCCUGUGUGUCCAUACUGCUUCAGCAACCCUCCUUUCAGAGACAUGAAGAAAGGGAUGGGGUGUAAUGAGUGCACCCACCCUUCCUGUCAGCACUCCCUCAACUCUCUUGGCAUUGGCCAGUGUGUUGAAUGUGAGACGGGCGUCCUGGUCUUCGAUCCCACCUCGGGUCCAAAGUGGCGCAUGGCUUGCAACAAAUGCAACGUUGUGGUGCAUUUCUUCGAGCACGCCCAUAAAGUGCAGGUGUCCCAGGACAGCUGUGAUUCCUGCGAAGCCUCCCUGGUCAUAGUGGACUUCAACAAGACACGCUCGCCGUUGCCUGAUGGUGAAACGCAGCACACUGGCUGUGUGUUUUGCGACCCUGUGUUCCAGGAUCUGGUGGAGCUGAAACAUGCGACCAUGCGGCAUCCCAUGCACCGGGCCGGAGGAGCCCGCAGAGGGAGAGGGAAGGGAAGAGGGAGGAGGCCUGUGGGGAGAGGGAAUCCUAAAAAGCCUAAAGAUAAAAUGGCAGCCCUGGCAGCAUAUUUUGUAUAGAAUGCUAAUUUGUCUCGCAGCGGAAAAUCAAAACCAGCUUAAUAAGGCUUAAAGUGCAAAGUACUCAAAAGUUGAAAAUGGCAAUAAACUUUUAGUUUAAUA